GCGGAACCGGAAGUGAAGACUAUCGGGAACGUGUACUCUUUAGUGACGGGUCCUUUUUAGUCUCUAUGAUGCCGGUGACGACAAUUGGGUUCGUAAGGUCCUGAAAGAAGAGUAUAUCGCGACAUGCCAGGGCAAUCUUCAUUCCUUCAUCCCUUAUUGCUUUUAUUAGUGUUUUAAAACUUUGGAUAGAGACAGAAUAAAGCGGAGGUUUUUUACAGGUUGUUGCCGUUUAAUGCGCAGAAGUAACUUUCAUGAAUCCUGGAACAAAAUCAUAUGUGCCAGGACCUUUAGAGUGGAAAGGUCAAGGGUGAAGGGACGCUAACGGCAGCGGCGCAAGAGAAGAAGCGCGGGGGAUGGCGAAGCAUCAUCCUGAUCUGAUUUUCUGCCGCAAGCAGGCGGGAGUGGCUAUUGGACGACUGUGUGAAAAAUGUGAUGGCAAGUGUGUUAUCUGUGACUCAUACGUGAGGCCCUGCACACUGGUGCGCAUAUGUGAUGAGUGCAACUAUGGCUCCUACCAAGGACGUUGUGUGAUAUGUGGAGGUCCUGGAGUCUCUGAUGCCUAUUACUGCAAAGAAUGCACCAUCCAGGAAAAGGAUCGGGAUGGCUGCCCCAAGAUUGUCAACCUAGGCAGCUCAAAAACAGAUCUCUUCUAUGAGCGGAAGAAGUAUGGAUUCAAGAAAAGGUGAUACUGUUUCCAUCCUGAUGCACCUGCCGGAGAUGGGAAGGAUCCUUCACAUAUCUUUGGACUGCAUUUUUUUCUGCACCCCUUUGGAAAGCAGUGAUUGUUUUUCUUUUUCAGUCCUUGAAAACUGUUGGGAAAGCUAGUCUCUACAGACAAAUGCUGGGAGAUUCUUGGCUUACUUCCAUUUCCUCAACUGUUGCUAAUGUUAAGAGAGGGGAGUAUUGGCUCUAUAUCUGUGCCUCAAAUUCUGGAAGAUUUCAGCCCCCAUGCUUGCCAUGAGAAUCUUAAUAUCUUGUGGCUGAUGCCUUUCACCACAAAUUUAUAACUAUUCCCAUGUUUUCCCUGAAGGAAUAGCUAAGCAGCAUUCUUUGUCAUUUUGGAUUAUGCAUCAAUAAAGGUUUUUUUUUUAAGUA